AUGAAAUCAAUUUCUAAGUUGAAUUCAUUGCCAACUAAAAUUCUAAUUAGUAUCUUUCAAUAUGUUAAGUUUCCUAAAGACUUAGCCAUCAGUUGCAAAAAAUGGUCAAAAAUUGCCAAAGAUUGGCAAGCUAAACUUAGGUGGAUUGUAUGUCAAUACGGACAAGAAAAUAUCAUUUUCAAUGCCGUUAGGCUAGAACUUUUUUCACGAGCCCAACCUGAAGGAUGGAUAAAAAGCCAGAAAUUACAACUGCUAUUUAGCGGUUAA